UCGCAUCGGACCAUCCAUCCCAGUUAAUGAUUGAAAAACUGUAACCGCCAUGGCGUCGAUGGGCUUCUUCCAACGCAUCUACAACAUCAUCUACCCAUCCACGCCCGCGAAGCAAGAUGGUGCAAUUCGCAUGGGCCUCCUCGGAGCCUCCAACAUAGCCCCAGAGUCCGUGAUCAACCCAGCCAAGUCCCACCCAGAGGUCAUCAUAGCAGCGGUGGCUGCUCGCGACGCAGACCGCGCUCACCAGUACGCCAAGAGAUACAACAUCCCCAUUGUGCAUGCGUCCUAUCAAGAGCUCCUCGACGACCCCACCAUCGACGCCGUGUAUAUCGCCCUCCCCAAUUCUCACCACUACGAAUGGGCCCUCCGUUCCCUGCAGGCAGGCAAGCACGUCCUCCUGGAGAAGCCCUCGUGCUCCAACGCCACGGAAGCCCGCAGGCUCUUUACGCAUCCCCUCGCGACCACUCCUGAUGCGCCCAUCCUCCUCGAAGCCUUCCACUACCAAUUCCACCCAGCCUGGCAGAAAUUCCUCUCCCUCACCCGCCAAACCCCCUGGGGCCCCGGCACUGUCACCCACGCUGCCUCGCAGUUCCACCUGCCCAAGGGCUUCAUCGCGCGCGAUGACAUCCGCUUCCAGUACGCCCUGUCCGGCGGCUGUCUGAUGGAUCUGGCGACGUACCCACUCUCCUGCGUCCGACAGGUCUUGAAUCUCUCACAGGGCCAAGCUCACGAAGACGAAGAGGACCUUGUGGUCGUAGAAGGGCACUACGCUCCACUCGGAAGCGAACACGACCCAUCCGCGUCCCCAGAGGUGCAGAUCGACACUGCCAUCUCUGCCACCUACCAAACAGCCGACGGCCUGAAGACCGCCCACAUCGCCGGCGACCUAGCAUACACCGCCGCGACAGCAGCAGCCGACGCAGGCAAGAAUGCCCGGUGGCCCUUUUUUGCCUCGUUGUUGCCAUCCGCAUGGAUCCAGUCGCUGCCGGGAUUCCAAUGGCCCAAGACCGAGGCGACCCUGGCCGAGAUCCUCGUGGCCUCGCAGGGCGGCACGGAGACGCAGCACUACGUGCAGCGCAGAGUCACGAUCUGGAACAUGAUCCUCCCGACAGUGUACCACCGCAUCGACGUGCGGGAUACACAUACCCUCUACCGCCAGGGAAAACUGUCGAAAACCUGGGAGGAGACGCAGUACCUCCAGGCGUAUAACUGGCCCGCCGGGGAUGCGCGCGCGGAGACCUACCGGGAGUGGUGGACCACGUGGCGGUGUCAGCUCGAGGAGUUUGUGCAUCGCAUCAAGGGGAGGCAGGGGUCUGGCGUUUGGGUGGUCGGGGCGGAGAGUAUCAGGCAGAUGGAGGCGAUCGAUCGGACGUAUCGGCAGGUGGGGUUGGAGGCUCGGCCGACGAGUGCGUUUGGGGGUUGAUGAAGUUGCCGUUUACUUAUCUCGUAUCGCGUGAGCAUCGAUAUCGUCGAUUAUUCAAUUAGGUUAUGUUUAGUGUCUUCGACUCUUCCUAGUUAUCUUGUACUUACUAAUACUACGUAUCUGCAUGG